AUGUACCAAAGGGAGAGCAGCGAGCGACGGCGCAGCGCCGCCCUCGCCUCCCACGCAGCAUCCCCUUAUCAUACGGAUGCAUCGUUGCCUCACCAGGUGUACAACAACACUGGGGGGUCGCACGAGAGCCGCGGCCAGGGCCAAGGGUACUGCGAAGAAGAGGUCAGUAUUCAGUACGGAGGGGAAGAAGACACAUCCCGGCUUACAUCGACGCAGAGAUACGGAGAGCGCUCCUCCAUGAGCGCCGCGACUUUCGCGCGUUUCGGCGGCGCCGCACCCGCAAACGUGCAGGUGGAGGGGUCUGUGUACACCCCGUGCCGCACCUCGCCACAUGGGUCCGUUGCACUGCCUUCCUCUGUUGGCCCCUCCAUCCGCUUGCCAGCAUCGCCGGCCGGCUGCCUGAGACCCUCUUCAUCAAUCGCGGAGGGCGCUGCUCCUAAUCCAGCGGCGGCGGCCGGAGGCGGGCCCGCCACGACUUCUCAUUCUCUGCCUGUUGACCUAGACGCGAAAGUCAGAGAGACAGACGUGGUCGACCCUCCGUUCCGGAGCUCGAUUCACUGCCGCAUUUGCGGGCUGUUCAUUCUUCGAAGCGACUGGGAAGCGCAUCAGCUCACAUUGCUGCAUCAGCGGCGACUGCGCGAGUGUGCUACCGCAUGCGGGAGCUGCAGCAGCUCCUUGUCUUGCCCGCUGACAGUGGUGGUGCGAGGUGACAGCAUUAGCCAGCCAGCGGCUGCCGCGGGCUUCAGGGGUUUGCAGGGAGCAGUGAUUUCUGGGGACGCGCAGAAGGCUUCAUCCUCAGCGACGCCUUCUGCGCGUGCACUGGCACGGCGUAGGAAGAACCCUCAAGAACGCAGCCGAGCCACCUCAGCGGUGGAGAGGCGGUCAUCAUCUCACCCGCAUCCAUCUCGCCGCAAGCCGGACUCAGCCAGCUCCGGCACUGCCUCGUCCAUGUACAGUACUGGCAGCGGCUCCACGAGCAGCAGUCAAACAAAGAGUGUCAGCAAUGUUAGCGCGGGCAGCACCCGUAGCAAAAGUGCGGAGUCGGACAUCAGCGCCGCACGCGGCCAUUUGGACGUCAGCGCUAUCCCCUACGCCACCCCUCCUCGGUCAACUGGGCAACCUUCCACCUCCGCUGCGCCAAGCUGUCCCACACCGUCUUUCGCGUUACCACCUGUCUCUCCUCCGCGCUUCUCCGCGGCAUCGUCUGCAUCCGCUGCCGUGCGCUAUGUGGAGUUCUCGGAGGAGGAGCAAGAGGGGCGGCGCGUUAGAAAGCUGGAGGAACAGCUCAGCUCAUACCUCUCUCAUCACGAGCACAAGGUGCUGGCAGCGUGCGUGCGGCGGUGGUAUGAGGCGAUGUUCAUCAAGGCAACUGCGCCCGUUACCGACUCAGAUCCGCCGAAGCGAGGGGGUGUUGCAGUAGUUGUGGCCGGUGCUCCUUGCUCACCGGCGGGCUGCGUUGGGACAUCGCUGUCCCCGGAAACGGUCCGACCCCACCCCAUCGCGGUCACCUCUACAUCGCCGCUGCCUGUCUCGGAAAUGGCGCUUAACAACAUCGAUUCCGCGCCAUACGAGCAGGGCGUGUCAUCUUCCCCGCCAAGCCGCACGAGCCCGGCAGUCUCGACAGCUGCGACCGGAGCGGCGUUCUGCAGUGAUGACCAGGACAAUCGCCCGCACGACGUAGCGGAGGAAGAAGUUGAUGACGGCGAUCUAGGAUUCCUCACCCGGCGCAGCAACACCCAGCAGCCAGCAUCGCCGAGAAGUUCCAUGCCGCACUGCGGCGAGGGCAUGCAGAUGAACCGCCCAGCAGCUGUCGGCGCGAAGUGCGCUGCUUCUCCUCAAGUUGUAGACACGAACCCGAUGCACACUGAGCACGCCGGCGUGAUGAUGACCCGUGGAGAGGCCGAGUCCACACCUACGCCGUUUUUAACAACCUGCGUCAAGUCCUACGCGCGCGUUCAUGUUGCGGCGGACGGCUAUGUCUCUCCAGCGAAAGUUCGCCGCGGCACCAGGGAUGGCAGCGCAGAGAGCGAGGCGCAAGAUCUGGAGGUGAUGCGGACGAAGGUGAGCUGGGUGGUCCGGCAGGCCAGUCGACCGGCUGCGGCGCGCAGCUCCAGCUCCGAUUCUUCGGACAGCAGCACUGCUCGAAGAGACUGGAGGCGCUCUGUUGACUGCAGCGGUGCCACAGUGGGUGCUGCGGCCGCAGCUGCUGCUGCACGCGGGAGCACAUCUGAUCCCUCGCAGCUUCCUGCUAAUUCGCCAGGUGGAGAAGCAGCGUGGGGGCAAGCAAGGGGCAAGGGUGCGGGGCGGUACGGCAGCAACCGAGCUCAGCCUCACCACGCCACAAAGGGUGAGUGCAGGACCGCGUCUGGUGGGCGGCCCCAUCUGCCGCAACCAGAUUCGGCAGCUCCUACCAACGUUACUGGAUGCGGCAGGUAUGGAGACGAUGACGGGGACGUGGGUGCGCGCGGGGUCGGCAAUGCAGCGACGUCGGAGGAGCCGCCAGAGCCGAGGCGCCGUCGGCACCGCAAGAGGCACCACCAUAGCGGCAAGUCCAAAGCGGAGGAGUGGAAGUCUAUGUCAAGGAGGCAACGUCGCGGUGACGGUGGCGACGAGAGAGCCGAGGGUGACUGCGUGUCACCGCGUACUCAGACACCAGACGAGGAGGAGGCCCAUGCCAGUGCAAGGCACCAGCCUCCGCACCCAGUGGAUGUCUCAGGGACGGGGGCGACUAGUCCUGUGAGCGCCAUACUUUACACUGGAGGCAAGGGCGGCGGCUGCGACAGCGUGGAGCGGACCGACGAGGAGCGACAUCGCCUCAAGGGGACGGGUGACAAGAGGGAGGGGAGGAGGAAGUCUGGCCGGCUCUAUUCAAGCGACACUGCUGCUACGGCUGCGACCCUCAUCCCAUCUGGCGAGGCGGACACAAGCACUGAGGAGGAGGAAGGGGGGUUGUGCAAGCCGUCGCCGCUGACCUCCGAGGCUGCGGGAAGAAGGCACGCCGUUUCGACGCGGCUGGCGGUGCCAUUAUGCAAUCAAUCGAGCAUCCUAGACGAGGCAUCGCCACGGCGGUCAUUGCACGCACCGCCACCGAAAGCAGCGACGUUAAAGAGAGACCCGUCUAGCCACGCUGGGGCCCUGAAAGGCGACCACGCUACUGCUGCCUCGCCAUCCUCUUCGAUCGCGCUCACAGGUGCCUCGGGAGAGCGUUCCUCCUCGCUUUCAUCGUCGUCGUUCUCAUCGCCGUCGUCCCUCAGUUACAGCAUCGGCAGCGACAGCGACAUUGCCGAGCUCGUCGCUCGCCUCUUGCCCAGCACCCAACAGCGCGCAUGGCAGCUGCUCCGUCUGGGGAGCGCGGCGCCGCUACUUGGCCACUCCGCCGAUGUGCCAAAGUCGCCAGCGUGUCUUCCAGACACGCAGCGCCACCAUGAGCCCGACCUGGCGGCAGCGAUCAGGUCUGCAACGCAGACUCUGACCAACGCCUUCAUUGCAGGGCAGGGCAGCCCCGCUGUUCAGGCAGAGGAGGAAGAGGAGGCCCCGCUCGGGUGCCUGCCCGCUUUUCCACUGUCUGCUUCGGCGCCUCUGACGUCGCAGGAUGUGCGCGGUCGCGGCGUAGCGACGGCAACGACGCCCAUGGUCGAUAUCCUGUCCGGCAUCUUGACCGGGGUGGCAGGCGGAGACGGUGGUCACGCGGCUGCCUCAGAGACCGGCGAGCAGAGCGCCGCACAUGGCCUCCAUCAUCAUCUCUAUCGCAGUCACCCACCUGGCGCUGGCGCGGCUGUGCAGCUUCCCAAGGCGCUGCUGGCGAUUCACGUGAUGAAGACUGGCGCGGCGAAUAGCUCAGUCGUGGCUCCGCCUGUGGAUACACUCGACGGGCGUGUCUCCGAUUGUGACGGGGAUGCGGCGCAGCCGCCACGGGAGGAGUCGGCGUCCUUUGUUGUGGAUGAGGCAAGCUCUGAGGUAGGGCUGCUGCUGACAUCGUCGUCUGGUCACCCAUACAAUCUUGGCGGCCCAACGUGCUGCGGCAGCAGCAGGGGUGGACGCAGGUGUGCCGGCCGUCACCCCUUCUUCCGCACGGCGCUCGUUGGAAGAGAGAGCGGUAAUGAGAACGAGGAGAGCAGUGUGGCCGGGCUGCCGUCAACAGAGCGCUACGACGACGUGUACCUUGCCUACGCACAUGAGGCGGCAACGACAUCAACGCACGGCGCAGACGAGGGGCGUGCGCAGCGAGGCAGCGGUGCUUCAGCAGAGUACGCAACUGUGGGGCAGAGCCGCAACGCUGACGAUGUUCUGUCCCCAUACUCGAUACCGCCCACUGGGUUGGACAUCCUUCAAGUGCCUCGGCGACCCUCUUGUGCCUUAUCCACCGCCGUGGACGAACGCGUCACAGGCGCCGCCGUAGGUGCGUCCUCGGGAGUGCAACUUCCUCCGUCAUCCCUUUCCACGUGCGCGCUAGUUGAAUCAAGCGUUGUGCAGUUGCCUGACGAGGGAGUUCGCUUGCCAGCAGAGGAGGUGGCGCAGCAACGCAGUGCCACUGCUAAUGCCGCCACAGGGCCUGCACGUGACUCGCACGGUGUACACAGCGAAGGAGCCGCAGCAGAGAAGAGGAGUAUGCUUGGACCUGCUGGAGCUGUGGUUGCUGGGGCCGAUGAGCAACGACGACUGGUAGGUAGCGGUGACGUUGCACCAGCAGCUGCCUACACAUUGCAUGCUGAGGUGGCAUGGGCACCGAGCUCGCUCUCAUCCGCUACAGGUAGUGGACCGACGGCGACGCGGACCGAUGCCGGAGCACUGGCACCUUUCUGCACCAUUCCACAACUCCACAAGGCCGUCUCUGAAGGACCUGACGCAGCACUGCCGUGUACGAACCGGCUCCCCGCGGCGUCCUCUUCCGCGUUCUCUAGCGGUGUGAUGCGAGCCGCGAACCCGGGAGUUGCCAUCGUGCCAAGCUCAGCGCCAGCGCAACUGCACGUCGAUCCUUUACGUGGGCCGACGUGGAGCACGGACCAGGCAUCGGAGAGGCGACUUGCUUCGCUUGAGCAACACACCUACACCGUCACUCCCACCACAAGCGCGGCCAUCGAGAGUGGCGGUGAUGCAUCUUCGUCGCCUACGCACCCUUCAGAUGACAGGUACGGUGGUACGACCAAUCGUGAUAUCCCUCACAGUGGUCCUCCUCCCAUGACGGCUUCUGAUGCAGCAGGCGUCAGCGCAGUCUUGCGCGACGCUGCGGUAUCACCCUGCGCCGCGCUUGUGCGCAUGACCGAGCCGCUGAAUACGCCGCCGUGCACCACCGCUGUACCCUGCUCCAGGGUGAACGGCGCAGGCGCGUUUCUCUAUGACGUACCUUCUCUGAGGAUUCCAGUGCUGCGCGCCAGAGGUGACCGAGGCGGCUCCGACGAAGACCUUCCACGGCUCGCUCUCCGCCGGCAGCUGAGAGGUACACACCCCUCGAGAGGGGCCACCGCUCAAGCGGCAGUGGUGACGGGUUCUGGUAAUGUGCCGUUGCCAGCGCCGUGCGCUCUGCUGCCUGCAGCCGAAUGCAUCGAAUCCUCCCCCGAAACCUUCGCGCAGCCUCAGCAGUCGACGCUGGACAACCACCCUGCCCACCCGUCCCGGUUGCCGCGUCUGCGGGCCGUAGGAGCUUGUAUUUGCAGCCUUGGUGGCGACACCGUCGCCCGCAGCCUCACACAGCAUCCCGAGGCAGCCGAAGCGAGCGCACUCCCAGACACGUUGGCGCCAGCCUCAACCGGCACCGCGCACACGGUGAGCUGCUUGCCACACGGCGUGAUGCCUACGACAUACCCGUAUUGCUACCCGACCCUCAAGGGAGCGGCUGGUGGUGAGCCCAGCACCAAGCACGACUAUCGCCUUGCGGAAGGCGAGCCGGUUGCGACGGCCCCGCGAUCGACCUUAGCGGCGCGCGCGUCUGUUGGCGAGGGUCUUGAGGAGAGCGCGCUGAACCAUGCCUCCGUCUCUUCUAAUGCAAUGACACCAUUAAUCGAAGGGGCAGCAGCAGGGCUUGAUGCAGCACGCGACGCCUCUCCGCUGUCCUCGUCGCCAUCCUCGAACUCGUACGCGAGUCCUGCAGGAGUGCACCGGAACAGACGCCAGUUGCAUCAUCGCCGUCAUUGUGAUCGGUCAGCUGCAUCUCAGGAGAAGAGGUGCGACGAAAGAAGGGAGAAGAGAAGAUCGAGGCAGGGAAGCCGCCGCCGCGGUGGCGAUGCCUCAUUGGGACAUCACCGGCAACACCGUCACCAUCGGAGCGACCGCCAUCCCGACAAAGACAGCAACGACGAAGCGCACCGCUUGCAACACCGACGCCAUCGUCGCGCGCAUGCGAAGCACCGCGUGUCGCGACACGGACUUGAGAGGCCGCAGGCAGAGGACACGGACGCGACGGUGGCACAGCAAGCGCACCUUCCUCUGCUAUAUGCCCUGGAGGCGGCCCCGCAGCAGGGCCACACGGGUGCAGACUGCCGUGAGACGGCCUACGUCGUGCAAGAGGCUGACAAGGGGCUUCCAUUCGAAGCUCACCCGCUGCACCCAUACCCGGUCGCCGUCCUGUCUGCAGCAGUGGUGCCGAGCACCCUUGGACAUGAGGCGCUUCCGAGAGGCAAAGGUCAUUAUGAGCCACCAAUGGCUCCUCGCAACGACGACAUGGCGCGUGCGCCGAGGCAGCACCGUUCUCAUCGCCGUGGCAGCAGCAGCGCCCCGCACAUCAGAGAUGGCUCAAGGGAUGACGACGCCGCGCUGAGCGGACAUCUGCAUCGGCGACCCGGCGAGCGCGAGCGCGCCUGGGGACACCGACACUGCUGUCGGCGAAUGCGAAGUGACUCAGUCUUGUCAACAUCCUCAUCGUCGUCGAGGAGCAUCGGCAGCAGCAGCAGCGCCAGUAGCGGCGUUGACAUCGAGGUGGUCAGCGCUGGUCUCACUCGCCGCAGUCGCGGCGCAGCGUGGGUAAGCGUUCCGCCAUGCCCGCCUGGAGACGUCGCCCGAGGCCCAGACAGCGGUAACGGUCCAUGUAAUGGAAAAGAAGAGGUGGGCGCUCCAGAGCGCAGCCGUAGCGACGAUGUUGAGCACAGCGGCGAGGCACCGCUGCGGCAGCCGAUGAUGCCCAUCGAGGCAUGGCAGGGAGAGCGUGGGGCGCAACCGCCCUCUUGCCUUGAGUGGGGGCCAGCAGGUGAGCACAGUAGGUCCACAAGGGCGGGCGUGUAUGCGUCUGAGAUCAGCAGGCGAUCUGCAAACGUGCAGGCAGGCAUCGGCGCGAGCAGCGAUGACCCUGUGGGCGGAGAAGCUGUUGAUGGUAAAGGCGUCCGCAGCGUCGACUCCCACGAACCACUGGAACCUGCCGGCAGUAGACGUGUCACUGUGCAGGAAUCGCCCGCCUCAGCGCCUGCCGGAUCGGCGUCAGGGAAACACGCGGCUGGCGCACAGGUGCGGUGUGUUGGGGCACACGGGUCGGCUUAUGUGUCCUCCGCGAAACUCGGGCGUCCCCGCUGGCCUUCCGCGGACACCGCCACGACCGGCACGGCGAGGGGGCAAGACGCCGCGGACGGGCAUCCGGCGCUUCCACAGCACGGUGAUCUCCUCUACCGAGACAGCGCCGGUCGCUUUCACCGCGUCACCAGCGCGGAACUGCCAAGCUUGUUGGCAAGCGAACCGCGAUGGCGCACCUCACCUGAACCUUCGCAGAGCCCGUCUGCAAGCACACGCAGCCCGCUUUUCGUUGUUCACAACCCCGCACCGUCCGCGUGCGCGAUUACGGGAAGGCAGGCGCGCCGUGCAUGGACAAUCACGAAUCCCACGAACUCCCUCGGCUGCGGCCGUCUCAACCCAUACUGCUCCUCAUGCCGCACCAAGUACAAUCUCAUGUUUGUUGACCCUCACAUGCGACCAGUUCAGUGGCCGUCGGCUCAGUCUGCUGAACUGGAUCAGAUGGGCGACUGUCGCAUCCACAGCGGGUACAUUUUCGGGGGCGGCGACACAGCGUCUAAGCGAGACGCGAUGCUCGUCCAGCAGCGACUGCGUUCGAAGAGGAUGGCGGCGUGGCCGGAAUUGCCGCACACCGGCAGAGAUCACCUCAUCGUUCACGAGGAGGAUCUCGACGGCCCGCUGCGUCAACUCGCACCGCCGCCUCAGGGGCGCUUUGUUCGCAUCGCGUACGCAGAGGACAUGCGACUUACCGUUGGCCUCGCGCUUCGUCGUCGAGCGCCGCAGCUCGCGGCGCCGGCCCGCCGGAGCUUCGCCCUUUCGCCGUCAUCAGCGGCGCUCUCACAAUUGCCACGGCACCCGUUUCCAGCUGAUGCGUCCGGCGAUGCACUGCGGUUGAUCACAUCCCCUGCCGGGGAGAGAUCGAACGAUUGCCCACCCGCCUCGAGCGCGCAUUGGUACCCCAGCACCAUACAAAGUGGCACGUGCAGCUACGACAGCUACCUUCGAAACCCAACACGCGGCCGCAACUCGCCUCACAAGGACAAGCGCUACAGCUCUUGCACUACAAAGGACGCCGGCAGUGCAUCGAUCACCCAGCUUGACAAGCUUGCUGAAGUGACGGCCACGGAAAGCUGUCAGCCCCCGCCGCACAGCUGUGCAGCGUUGGAGACGGUGGAGGUCUCGAAGCGGCUGGCCGGCCACGAUGCCGGCGCCACCGUGAGCGCUUCCAUCGCUACAUCGCGGACGAACGCGGUACCUGCCGGCGAUGCCGCUUUGCGCCAGGAGGAGCGCCGGAUCAAGAAGGCGUUAAAGCAGCUUCUCUGGCGUGACUUGCCACAGCAGCGGGGAACUGCAGAAUGGGAGAACUACCUGCGCUCGCUUAGUGAGGGGCUCCGGCAGCAGCCCGGCCUUGCACUCUUGCUGGAGCCUCUGCUUCCAGCGCAGGGAGUGGAGACCGUGCAAUCUUCCCUGAUAGACAACGCAGCCGAAUCAUGA